GGAUCUGGUCUAGGCCACAAAAUCCAUCUCUACUCUAUUCUACAUUGUAUAUUCAUCUUCUCCUCUAGGGAUUAUUACAAGGAUCCCGAAAGGAAAUUUCAGACGACAAUUUAGGCCCUUCUAGAUGGUUUGAGAGGCUUAGCUCAUCUAUCAGCUCCUCCUGGAAGCCGUUUGUCAAGGCUGCAUUGAUGCUGCUUUGCAUGGACCAUUGGCUGUGAUCAUGCAUCAGAUCUGCACCAUCCUUGAGCUCCUUUUUGGCGCGGAGCAAUUCAACAUCUUGUUGUGCAGGGAGUCAAAGGUUUUCCUCAUAAUGAGCCUUCAUCACCUGUAACUUCUCUUCGGCAUAUGUUUUUUUUCAAGCUCAUCUUUGGCCUAGGCUUCUCGUUCCUCAGUGUGUCCACAAUCUGUGCCACGGAUUCCACCGCCUUCUUCUUGGCUUGAACAACCAUCUCUUCUGAAACCACUAGAGUGUAUGGGCAUUGGGCAGUCGCCUAAUCACCCUUCAACUGAAUCAAGGAGCUUGGAUUUCAAUGUGAUAAGAGUAAAGGGGAAUGCCGUGCUAAAUUUGCUUGCCAUAUGGACUGUUUUGCAUGGGCAAAGCACGAUAGUUAUCUGCCACCAGGCUGUCAUGGUCUAAAGGCUGUUACAAAGGCCAAGUUGGGGUAUGAUCCACUGGAGGUCAAUCCAGAGGAUUUGGUUUGCUUUUCAAAGGAAAUACCACAGAUGAUAGCCUCUUAUUCUGUUUCUGAUGCUGUUGCAACUUAUUACUUGUAUAUGACUUGUGUACACCCGUUCAUUUUUUCUCUUUCAACUAUAAUUCCAAUGCCACCAGAUGAAGUAUUGCGUAACGGAAGUGGCACUCUCUGUGAGAUGCUUCUCAUGGUCCAGGCAUACAAGGGAAAUGUUAUCUUCCCAAAUAAGCACCAACCAGAUCCCGAGCAUUUCUACAACAACCAACUUUUUGAGAGUGAGACAGUCAUAGGUGGCCAUGCGGAAUGCCUAGAAAGUGGUGUUUUUAGAUCUGACCUUCCAACUAGUUUCAAACUCAAUCCAUCUGCUUAUGAGCAACUGAUGAACAAUCUUGAUCGGGAUCUACAGUAUGCUAUAAAAAAAGAUGGGAACAUUGACCUGGAAAAUGUAAUAAACUACAAUGAAGUGAAGGAUGCAAUCACCAAAAAGCUUAAGGACUUACACGAUGAACCUAUACGUGAAGAAAACCCUCGUAUAUAUCAUCUUCAUAUGGCAGAUUUGUGUCCGAACAUCAUACUGACUAAUAGGCUUCAACCUCCGUCAAUAGUUACAGAUGAGGUAUGCACUGCUUGUGACUUCAAUCGUCCCGGAAAAGAUUGUCUCCAAAAGCUGGAAUGGGUUUGGUGUGGGCAGACAUACACGGCAAAUAGAAAGGACUACUAUACUCUACGGAGAGAACUUGAGUCUGAAACUGUCGAAGGAAUUGAUGGUCAAUCACAAAAAGAAUUUCUUGACCUGCCUGAAUCAGAGAAACAAGCAAAACUGAAAGACCGCUUAAAGAUAUAUUGCCGAAAGACAUAUAAAAGAGUGCUAAACAAACCAGUUGUUGAGCUCCGAGAAGCAGGGAUCUGUAUGCGUGAAAACUCUUUUUUUGUUGAUGCAGUGCACAUUUUACAGGCCAAGAGAUAUGAAUACAAAGUACUUACUAAAGUUUGGAAGGGAAGACUCUUAGAAGCUAGUGCUAGUGGAAGUUCUAUAAUGAUUCAAGAAGCACGGGUUAUGGCUGCCCUUUGUGAUUCAUUACAUCUGGCUCACAAAUUUAUUCUCAACUCGUUCUGUGAUUAUCUCAUGAGCAAGGGUGCGAGGUGGUACUCCAUGGAGAUGGCUGGCGUUGUGACUCAUCUUAGAGCAAAAGUGAUUCAAGAUGCAAGACUACUGGUUGGAAAAAUUGGAAGACCUCUUGAGUUAGGCACCAAUGGUAUUUGGUGUGCAUUGCCUGGCUCAUUCCCUGAUAACUACACCUUCAAGACUAGAAACCCAGAGAAGAAGCUGACGAUCUCAUAUCCUUGUGUUAUGCUUAACGUAGAUGUGGCAAAGAAUACCAUCAUUGAUCACUACCAGAUGCUGACUAAUUCUGUGUAUGAGACAUACAGAACACAGUGUGAAAGUUCACUUGGAUUUGAAGUGGACGGACCAUAUAAGGCAAUGAUUCUUAAAGCUUCCAAGGAAGAAGGAAUUUUGAUUAAGGAGCACUAUGCAGUUUUCAAUGAUGAUGGAACACUUGCCGAGCUAAAAGAUUUGGAGAUCAUGCGGGGAGGUCAGCUAAAGCUCAUAAAAGAUUUUGAGGCAGAUCUCUUAAAUAAUUUCCUUCAUGGAUCCACAUUAGAGGAAUGCUAUUCAGCUGUUGCUUCUGUUGCAAACCGUUGGCUUGAUAUUCUUGAGAAUCAAGGGAAAGACAUUGCAGACAGCGAAUUGCUUGACUAUAUAUCAGAAUCAAUAACAUUGAGCACGUCUUUAGCUGAUUGUGGUGAGCAAAAGUCAUGUGCAGUUACCACAGCAAAACGCCUUCGGGAUUUUCUUGGGGAUGCAAUGGUUAAAGAUAAAGGGUUGUGUUGCCAGUAUAUAGUUGCAUGUGAGCCAAAGGGAACACCAAUCACUGAGCGGGCUAUUCCUGUUGCAAUAUUCAAAACUAAUACUGAAAAUAUGAAGCUUUUUAUAAAGAAGUGGUGCAAAAUAUCAUCAGAUUCAAAGACCAGCAUCCGCUCUAUUGUUGAUUGGUCAUACUAUAAGCGCAGACUUUGUUCGAUGAUCCAAAAGAGAAUUACUAUUCCUGCUGCAAUGCAGAAGGUUGCAAAUCCUGUCCCGAGGGUGCCUCAUCCAAGUUGGCUACUUAAAAGGGUUAACGAAAAGGAAGAAAAGUUUCGUAGUCAUCAACAAGAACUGGAAGACAUGUCUGGUUCAAUGAGCAGAGAUAAUAAGAGUGCAGGUGCAGAUAUAGAGGACAUGGGGAAAGCUGGAAAAUCUUAUGUGAUUGCACCCAGGCCCAUUGUUCAUUCUCAUGGAGUGAACAAAAGGGUUGAGAGAACCUUUCAAGAAAUCUCUUUAGACCGAUAAUAAUAUGAUUAUGUGACAAAGGGAAUGUAAUGUUCUUUUGUUUGGUUGAACCGCUAUUCAUAUUUAAUUACUACUAUAUGGAUUAGAAAUUAUCUCCCUAGUUUUGUGGGAAAUUAGACAUUUAAAGUGAUAAUUUUGGAUUAAUUGUACUUCGUAGAAAUUAGGCCCAUUAAAGCUUUGGGACUUCU